ACGUUGUUUGUCAGCGCUCAUUGUAGACAUCAGUUUUAAAUACAGACUUCCCUUCGUUUGUGUCACAAAGUCGAAAAUGUCGCCGGCCGUCUGAAACGGAGAAACCCGACUCAGCAUUAUUUAUUGCAGCCGCAGCUGUGUUGUGGCAACAUGUGUUUUUGAGUGUCAUUUGUCUUCUCGUAUCUGCAGCAGCCGGUGACUCCAUGGGGCUGAAGUUUGUCCCACCUGAAUGAGUGGCUAGCAUGCCGAGCCACACCGUUGCCGUGCUGGCCGCACUGUGGCUCAGUUUCUGUCGGUACACCGUCUCGGAGUAUCUGAGGCCACACUGUGACAAUGGAAAGUUUCAUGUGGAAAAGGACCUACCCACAGAUGCUGUCCACUGGGGCUGUCCUGUUCCUGCUAGGUUAGACUCCACUCAGAGGCUCCCCAGUGUUGACACAGUGUAUGAUCCCGAGCCCGCCAGGCAGGUCUGCAUGAAUGAGCCCAUCUCCUACCGUCACAGCAUCCCCAACAGCGGUGCGUUCAGGCCAGUCAGGGCGCAGAGCGGCGAGUACUUGUACUGUCCUCCUCAACGGUGGCUUUAUAACCUGCAUCACGGAGCUGCGAUAUUGCUCUACCAUCCCUGCGCAGCCUUCAGCGAGCGUCCUCUUGUGUCUAUCCUGGCCCGCUCAUGUCUAUGCGACUACAUCGUCACUCCUCACCCGCACCUCAACAAAUCCAUGCCAGUAGCUUUGGUGUCUUGGGGCAGAACGUUGGAGCUUUCCACUGCGGCCUCUUCCGACGUUUGUGAUUGGCUACAGAGCAAGACGACCUCCAGCAAUCACAUCAGUGGAAAGUACAACUUCCUGUUGACCCGGGCAGCAGAGCGUCGGGCGGGACGCUGCGCAGAACAGAAGGUGUCAGUGAGGCAAUGCUGCGAGGAGAUCAUCUCGUCGUGGCCGAAAGGGGCGAUAGAGACGCAGAAAGGUACCCCCCUGAAGAACAGAAAUGGCCAAGAACUGCCAGGGAAAUCGAAGCACAGGCAGGAAAGGGCCGCUGUUCCGCCGAAACAGGAUGACGUGAAACCAAACGGAACAUUUCAGGAGUCCAGUGUUUUGAAGAACCCAAAAAUGAAAACCAUUCCAGGGUCUAAUAUAUCAGGGCCUGCACAGAGGAUGCUACUCCCUCAGGUUCCUGAGACUGAUACACUUAAAGAUAAAAGUGCAACCGCGGAGCAGUCUUCUAAGCACAGCUCCACUGCACUUGGACAAACGCUGGAAAAUGAAGUCGUAGAUGUGAGAGAAAGGGAGUUGGCGCAAGAUGGUGACUUUCACUCAUUAAAAGAGCGAGAUGAGUCGCCGCCCGCAAAACACUCCCGCCCAGAGCCGGUAAGUGACGCGGCCAGCACAGAUGACUGUGACAGCUGCACGCCUUCACGACGGCGCGACUGUGUCAAGGACCCCGAGGGCCGAGCCACGCCCGUGAUCGCCGGCCCGCCGAGGACCGCCAGGUCCAACGAGGCGUGGUGGGCCGCGGCGGCGCUGGGCUUCCUGCUGGUUCUCCUCACGCUGUCUGUGCUGCACACGCGCCUGUACCGCCACUGGAGGACCAUGCCCAGUCUGUACUGGCACGACCCGCAGCAAGACUACGACAGCGUGGCAGACGUUAUCCACAGAAGGCUGCAAAUUGCAAAGAGGCGGCGGAAGAGAGGCCGAAGACAAGAGUGUGCCCUCCUGCCCAGCUCCUCGAGUUCGGAUGAUUACAUGUAGACAAAUGAAGGAAUCACCUUGUACAUUUGAACCUUUUUAGAAGUGUCAUAUUGAACAUGUAACUGCGGUGUGCACAGGCAGAUCGGGGCACAGCCUCAUUACCAAAAGGGACAGCUUGUAAAUUCCACAGUAAAGAAAAACUAGUUGGAAUAUCUUUUUUUUUUUUUUUUUUUAAACAGCCCAACCACAGCAGUCUGAAAUUUUCAAGGUUUUUAUAUUGCAUUGGCUUUGAAUACAUUUGUGCAGCAAUUAUGUAAGUAUUAUUUCUUUUACAGAAAUUUUUGCUGAGUCAUACUGUUUUUGUAUUUUUACUUAUGAAAGUCUAGUUUGCGAGUGGCGGCACGGUAGACUACUGGUUAGAGCGUCAGCCUCACAGUUCUGAGGACCCGGGUUCAAUCCCCGGCCCCGCCUGUGUGGAGUUUGCAUGUUCUCCCCGUGCCUGCGUGGGUUUUCUCCGGGCACUCCGGUUUCCUCCCACAUCCCAAAAACAUGCAUUAAUUGGAGACUCUAAACUUCCCGUAGGUGUGACUGUGAGUGCGAAUGGUUGUUUGUUUGUAUGUGCCCUGCGAUUGGCUGGCAACCAGUUCAGGGUGUACCCUGGCUCCUGCCCGAUGACAGCUGGGAUAGGCUCCAGCACGCCCGCUACCCUAGUGAGGAGAAGCGGCUCAGAAGAUGGAUGGAUAGUUUGCGAGUUUUAUUUCAUUCCUUGUGACCGGCAGAGGGCAUUGCCGAAAGCACUGAUUAUUAUUCCCUUAGCGUGUGCAAAGUUUGAGAAUGCAAUCCAAAAGUAUGAGAUUUUAUGUUGAAGUUACUGCUGGCGUUCAUUUGUCUGCACAGCUUUUUAUUUGUCAUGGGAGCUAUAACGAGGGCUCUGCACUCUCCAAGCAGUGUUUGACUCACUGGAUCGCGGAUGCCCUUUUUAAUUAGCUGCUGUGCGGGGGUGUCACACUACCGGGAUUGUUGGGACAUCUUGUGCUGCCCUGGAAGAUAUACUGCAUGUGCAGCUGCCUGGCACAUUUUCCAGAUUCUACAAUGUCAAUGUUACCAGUUCCCCAUUUACAGAGCCUGUUUUUGUGUCUUCAGAAACUUCUCAGUAAGGUUCGUAUCUGGGAUUCCUCAUGAUAAGCCAUUCAGUGGUUUCAGCACUGCCUUCUGGCGGUCAUUUGGGAUUCAUAGAACCGGUUAUAUUUUUAACUUUCGUUUUAAGCAAUACUGCUCGUGUGCAUUAAGUACAGACAAUGGGUAAUAAUUACGCAUAUAACUUGACUGAACAGAAGUAUAAAUUCCGAAAAAAUGUCCUGGAACUUCCUGAAAUGUGAAGUAACAUGGGAAGUAUGCAUUCAAAAAGAAAAGCUCACCCAGCUACAAUUAUUGUAUGCAUUUCCCCAUUGAGGAUUUGUGAAUGUUAAAUCUGAGAUAUAUCUACCCAGAUACAUUUUUUGAAACCACUAAAUGUUUUUGGCUUGAAAUAUAUAAUGUGAAUUUUUUUUAUUACUGACCAUAUUAGUAAUUUGUAUAAUUAGGCGAAAUAAGCACUGCAACAUAUUGACUGGUUAUUUGCAGUAAAAAUAAAUGCUGACAAAGUUGA